AUGGCAUCUCAUCUGAGUACUAAAGACCGACUCCUGGCGCUGAUUGAUGAUAUCGAGUUGAUUUCAAAAGAAAUGAUUGAAGUGUCAAUAGCUCCAAAACCACAAAAGCUUUCUGCCGCAGACCAUGCUCAGUUAACAGAAUUGUUGCUGUCAAAAGAUUCAGAACUGAAGAAAGCUUUGGAGUUAGCUGAUGAACAGGCUAAGAUUCAACAAAAAAUGAAUGACUUGAAAGCUGAAGUUGAAAAUAAGGAUCAAGACAUCUUUCAAUUACAAAGGCAGCUAAAAGAUGCGGAACAAAUUCUCGCAACGUCAUUAUACCAAGCUAGGCAGAAGCUUGCAUCAAUAGUUAAGUCUAGGAAACGGCCGGUACCAUCAGAAGAAUUGAUUAAGUUUGCACACAGAAUUAGUGCAUCAAAUGCAGUGAGUGCACCUCUUUCCUGGCAGCCUGGAGAUCCUCGCCGUCCAUACCCCACAGACCUGGAGAUGCGGUUAGGUAUGCUCGGCCGGCUCUGUGACUUGCCACUGAAUGGACACACUCCAUCCACACUAAAUGAACUGCACAGAAUGACCACAGGCGGAGUGCCAGCAUCAGCAACAAACCAGUUCACAUGGCAUCCAUCAGGCGAGCUCCACAUGUCAGUUGGUGGUGGAAACUCCGUGUCCAUCGACAGCCGUGGCAAGGACGCGCCAAACCAGGAAGAUGUUGAAGUGAUGUCCACCGAUUCGAGUUCAAGUUCAAGCAGUGACUCUCAAUGA